AUGAUAGAUGAUGCAUUACUGUACUCGUCGGUCUCCGAUGAAAAAGCACAAAGCGUUCUCAAGCUGGUCCAGAGCAUGGCAAGCUCCAAGAACAUCAAGAGAGGAAUAAACGAAUCAAUCAAGUGCUUGAAUAAGGGAACCUCGCUGCUGGUUGUGAUUGCAUGCGACACAGAGCCUCCAGAGCUGUCUGCAUUUCUGCCAAUAAUAUGCAACGACAAGGAUGUUCCAUUCAUCCAUGUCCCUUCAAAAACCGCUUUGGGAGUGGCAUGUGGGAUACACAGGCCAAUAUCGGCAUGUGCAAUAUACUGCCCUAAGGGUGCACAAUCUCUACGCCUAGAAGAAAAAAUAAAAGAAGUUCUUAGGUAA